GAGAAAAAAAAAAAAAAAACAAAAGAAAAAGAAAAAAGAAGCGCAUCUCGUUACCAAUGGCCCCCUUUCCCGAGAAGAGCUGAGAAACACUCCUCACCCAAACUGAAUCCGAGAUACGAUCGCUCCUCGAUCCCUUCCCCUCCGAUCCGAUCCGUACAAGGCGCGGCGAUGAGCGGCGGGGGCGGCGCGGCGAUGAGCGGCGGGGGCGGCGCGGCGGAGGAGGCGAGCUCCGGGUCCUCGGGAGCGGCGUCGCCGUUCGGAGGCGGCGGCGCGGCGGAGGAGUCGAGCGUGGGCUCAUCAGGAGCGGGGGCGGCGUCGUCGCCAUUAACGGCGGCGGAGAAGGAGAGGAGGAAGGAGAAGGCGAGGGUGAGCCGCACGUCGCUGAUCCUGUGGCACACGCACCAGAACGACGCCUCCGCGGUGCGGAAGCUUCUGGAGGAGGACCCCGACCUCGUCAACGCCCGGGACUACGACAACCGGACCCCGCUCCACGUCGCGGCGCUCCACGGGUGGGUCGACGUCGCCAAGUGCCUCCUCGAGUACCGCGCCGACGUCAACGCGCAGGAUCGGUGGAAGAACACGCCACUCGCAGAUGCGGAGGGAGCGAAGAAGUAUACAAUGAUCGAGCUUUUGAAAUCAUACGGCGGAUUGUCGUUUGGACAAAAUGGCAGCCAUUUUGAACCAAAGCCAGUUCCACCUCCCCUUCCUAACAAGUGUGAUUGGGAAAUUGACCCCCAUGAGUUGGAUUUGACAAACUAUGCAGUAAUCGGAAAGGGUUCCUUCGGUGAAAUAUUAAAAGCUUAUUGGCGGGGAACACCUGUGGCAGUUAAACGUAUUCUUCCAUCUCUCUCUGAUGAUAGACUGGUGACCCAAGAUUUUAGGCACGAGGUCAAUUUGCUCGUGAAGCUGCGCCAUCCUAAUAUUGUUCAGUUCCUUGGAGCUGUCACAGAAAGCAAGCCUUUAAUGCUUAUUACAGAGUUUCUACGAGGGGGUGAUCUCCACCAAUACCUGAAGGAAAAGGGCUCACUCAGUCCAUCAACAGCUAUUAAUUUUGCACUAGACAUUGCUAGGGGUAUGGCAUAUCUUCAUAAUGAGCCAAAUGUUAUAAUUCAUAGAGACCUAAAGCCAAGAAACGUCCUUUUGGUUAACUCCAAUGCCGACCACUUAAAGGUUGGAGAUUUUGGACUAAGCAAGCUGAUCAAAGUACAACACUCUAAUGAUGUAUACAAAAUGACUGGAGAGACCGGAAGUUACCGGUAUAUGGCCCCUGAAGUCUUCAAGCAUAGGAAGUACGAUAAGAAAGUUGAUGUUUUCUCUUUUGCUAUGAUUUUAUAUGAGAUGCUUGAAGGAGACCCACCAUUUUCAAACUUGGAGCCAUAUGAAGCUGCCAAAUAUGUGUCAGAAGGACAUCGCCCAACCUUUCGUGCUAAAGGAUAUCUUCCAGAAUUGAAGGAAUUGACGACGCAAUGUUGGGAUGCUGACAUGAAUCACAGGCCAUCUUUCUUAGAAAUUCUGAAACGGCUUGAGAAAAUCAAGGAUAGCUUAUCGCCAGAUCAUCACUGGCACCUAUUUACCCAGUAGAGGAGAUCUCCACUUUUCAUCUGCUCAAGUCGACUAGUUACGAAGGUUUAUAAUGGAAAUUUUAGCGAGUUGUCUUGUACAAAAGUAGUAGUUGGUUCAUCAAGAAGUUACGGAAGCUCUCAUCUAUUGGUCAUUAGCUUUUACUUGGUAAAACCACAAAAGGCUUGUUUAAUGUCCAACAGAGCAGAUAGCACGAAUCCCGUGAUCUUUCUCUGGAAACCCUUCACCUUCUUCCCUUCAUUUUGUUUCUGAAUUGUUGCUAUAUGGAAAUCUUCCCUUCAUUUUUUUUUUUUUUUUUUUUUUUUCUGAAUUGUUGCUAUAUGGAAAUUUUCCUUUUCCUUUUAUUUUAAUUCUUGGCAUUUGCCCUUCCUUUCUUUGUUUGUCUAGACAUUUGCCUUAUUGCUGUAAUACUAUUUUCGUAGGUGAAACUAAUUGCUGCAA